AUGUGUCGUGUUUUUCUCGUCCAGAAGCUUCUCGAUUGUGCAGAAAUUAUUGGUUUAAUACAAUAUUUCAAUUAUGAUCUAUUCUCUUCUGUACCAAAAGAAUUUACUUUCAAAAAAUCACUUGUGAUAUGUCAACAUUAUGGAAGACAUAGUGUGUUUUUAGUUCUAUCGAAAGAUCGAUUCACUUCAGAUGAGGGAAAUAUUCAUCUUACUCAUAUUCUUCAAUUAUUUCAUACACUCUACGGAACACUCAAUCAUAUACAAUCCACUCAUCCCGAUAUUAAUCAAAUUCAUAUGUAUCUUAAACAAACCUUAAAACCCAUCACAGAAUAUGUAUUUUACGGAAAUCGUUCAAUACAAACGCUGUUUGCAACUGUUGAUUAUGCGCCAUUACAAAAAAAUAAUACACGAUGUUUAUUAAAUAUGAAACAUCUUUUACAGCACGUACAAUCCAAAUAUGCCAUUAAAGAUGGAUUAUUUGCUUAUGAAAAUAGAAUAUUAUAUUCAACAUUGGAUAGCGAUAAAACAUUUUAUUUACAAGUGAUACUCAAUUUGGAACAAAAUCUACCUGUAGAUACAAUAUACGUUUCAUUAGGAGCAAAAAUUAAAUUAAAAAAUGGUGUAUCACUCAUUCGAAUACAUCUCCAUCGACCAUCGAGUUUACAACCAAUUUCAAAUGCUAAAAAUAUAAAAACUGAACAAGAUUCUAACCUGCAAGUAUCAUCAAAACCAAUCGAUAUCAUCAUGCCUUUAUUCUUCAAUGAAAAUGAUACCUCUUCAAUAAAUUUUCAUUCAAAUAGUAUGGAUUAUUCGGAAUCUUUCAACAUUGAAAAUCGAUAUGAUACGAUUAUUCCAGAUGAUUCCACUGGUUUAUCACAACAAAUAACUAUUUAUGAUACUGAUCGAUUAGACCAUAUCUCAUCUGUAAAGAACAAUGAAAUAAAUCUUGAUGUAUCAUUCACUCAUGAAAAUAUAUCUGAGUCUGUGAAACAACUACCAAAUGAUAAAUCCAGCAUAGCAUUCUCAUCAAAGUUGAAUGAUGAAUCAAUCACUGAUGAUAAAAAAAGAAAAUUUCUAUUAGAACGAUCUUCAUCAGUAACAACAACAACUAUGGGACUUGGAAAAUCUCAAAAUUCAGAUCGAGAUUUAUCACUUUCGAAUGAUUCAAUUGAUAAAGUUACAUUUAUACCCAUAGAAAAAGAUGAUUGUGAAACUGAUUGUAGUACAGAAGACAUUAUCUGUUUACCUCCUAAAUCAUCGUCAUUUUCAAAGUUUCCUCGAACGCGUCAAAGAACUCUUACGAAUCAUUUGAAUUGUACUCAUAUUGAAAAUAGUGAUAGUGAUCAACAUGAACGAUAUGUUAAAUGGGGAGAUGUAGCAGAAAAAAACGAUGAGGCUGAACGCGAUGAAUUAAUACUUUACGUUCAACGAAAUUCACGCAUGACAUUCGCUGGAAUAAUCGAACAUCAGUCAUUAUCAGAGGAAUAUCUUCAAAAAUUGUGGUAUUUAAUGGUGACUGAAAUGGCAGAUAUGGAUAGAGACAUUCAAAUUAUUCCAGCUGCUGGCGUAAUAAACAAAAAUAAUACUGAUGUUAAAUUUCAUUUCAAUGACGUUACCCGUCAAGCUCAAUUUGAACGAAUAUUGGAUUCAAAUCGUCAUUAUUAUAAAAUUCCUUCUGCUGAUCAUUCAUGCAUGGGAUUUAAUGCACAUACAAAAUUAAAUCAAAAUUCAGAACGAAAAAUGAUUGCGCUCUCAAAAGGUAAUAAUCUAAUAUCAGUCAAUCGAAACCUACCUGAUCGUAUGACUUACUUCUGUCGACGAUUACAAGAGCCUCAAUGA